AUGUCUGAUGCGUAUGAUUUUGUGAAUAACUGGGGUAAUCUGGACAACGCACUUCGUCGAAUCGCCACCCGUAGCAGCGCCUACAAAGAUCCAACGGAGCGUGUUUUCUCGGAAGCGGAGCAGGAGGAGAAGUUGAAGCAGGCCAAAGAGGAGUUCGAGGAGGAGUUGCACCAGAAACGUCUGGAGGCGAUCCGUGCCCGGCUGCAACUCGAAAAUCGUGACUCCUGGUUCCGUACCUCGCCGUACUACUGGAUGGGCUUCAGUGACCGUAGAGGGAAUCCCUUGAAGUAA